AUGAUUAUGAGAAUAAUACUGUUGACUACGUUUGCUGCGGUAUACCUAGCGUCUACAUCUGCUAUACCUAUAGUAGAUGAGCAAAGCAAAGAUAUAGUUUCAGGUGUGUUUAUACCUUCUGACACAUUUAAUCACUUGCAAGGUCGAAAAAGUAGCCAAGAUUCUUCACUGGAACAGAGGAGCGGGGAUCCAGCAAGUCAAAACAAUGUCCAAGUGACCUCCACUAACCCAGGCCAGCAACCAACACAACAGAAUGUAAUUGUUAACCAACAACCAAACGCGGGUAGCGCGCAACAGGCAGUCAUGGUUAAUCAACAACCAAAUCAACAGCAAGUCAAUCAAACCCCGCAGCCAGUGUACGUCAAUCAGCCUGCCCAACAGACCUACGUAAACCAACCGACACAAGGCCAAACCUUGAUUCCCCAACCUGUAAUCACGCUUGUACCCAAUCAAAGUAGUGGCCAAAUAUUAAUUCCAAUUCAACGAGGAAAAUAG